AUGGCAGCGGAUGACUGGCACACUUUGUGGCUGAACUCGUCCGACCAAAGUGGUGUGUGGCAGCAGGCCGCAGUCCUCGUGCCGGUCUCGACCACGGGGCUGCGCUUGUCAGGCAACGUUGCCAAUGCAUCAGACGUGGUGCGAGUCAAGUCCUUGCAGGCAUCAUACCUGCAGCAAACGGGAGAUAUAGCCUGCGGUUUCGAGGCCGACCUUUGCUCAUGGUACAGUAACGGCGAGCAAAGCUGGCUGCGCAAUUCCGGACCCACUCGUUCUUCCUAUACGGGACCCGAGCAGGCCGCGGAGGGCACGUGGUACGUUUACACAGAGGCCAUCUCUGCCUUUGACAAGGAUUUCGUCCUCACUAGUUCGGUCUUUGAGGCCUCGCCGGUAACCCGAUAUUUCCACUUCUAUUUCCACAUGCUCGGGACCAGCAUGGGCAGCUUGCACGUGGAGAGCUUAGGAAACGCUGGUUGGACACAACUUUGGUCACGAACAGGAGCCCAAGGCAGACAAUGGGUCCUUGCCUUGGUAAGCUUGCCGCAGGACGCCAUGUCCGUGCGAUUCGUGGGCACAACAGGAGACGGUUUCAGAAGUGACAUGGCCGUGGAUGGCAUUGCCGCAGGGCUACCCACAGUGGAAGACUUCCGCCAGUUCUCAUGUGAUUUCCGAUUCGACACAUGCCUUUGGAUCAACACUGGCACCGCUUCGUGGCAACAUGUGGCAGGGCCAGGCGAACAUGAUCGGUGGCUGGAAGUCGCCGGCAAUGGAUCCCAAGCCCAGCAAUGCACCCUGGAGACUGCGGCAGUGUUCAACACCACCGAGACCAAGAUCUUGCUGUUUGCUUACCAGGUUUUCGGCUCCAGCUCCACAACGCUUGCAGUGGAGUAUGAGAUGGCAGCGGAUGACUGGCACACUUUGUGGCUGAACUCGUCCGACCAAAGCGGUGUGUGGCAGCAGGCCGCAGUCCUCGUGCCGGUCUCGACCACGGGGCUGCGCUUGUCAGGCAACGUUUCCAAUGCAUCAGACGUGGUGCGCGUGGGCUCCUUGUUGGCCCUCGAGCCGGCCGCAGCCUUUGCCAACAUCAGCUGCACCUUCGAGCACAACUCAGCCUGCAAGUGGGCAGGGGCCUCUUGGAAGAUUCAUAGCAGCACUGGCGACAGCUACGUCCGUCUCGAAGUAUACCUGGGCCAGGCAAGCCACAAAGGUUUCUGCAAGCAGGUCUUUAGUUGA